UAAGAGAUCAUCAUAUUAUCAGAGAUCGAUUGGCCAGACAUUCCGUCAGGGCCGAAGAGGUCGCAGCCUUAUCACAGCGAGUGGACAGCCGUUGGUUUUUAAUUCGGUUCUUGAAAAUAACAUUCGCAUUAUUCAUUCAGUGUCAUAUUUAAAAUUCUCCCAUACGAGUCGUUCUCUUUACGGAGAAAAACUUCCACGGUAUUGUUUAAAGCUAAUACCCGGAGAGACAGUUGACCCAGAGUUGUCCCUGGAGAGACAGUUGACCCAGAGUUAUCCUUGGAGAGACAGUUCACCCAGAGUUGUCCCUGGAGAGACAGUUGACCCAGAGUUAUCCUUGGAGAGACAGUUCACCCAGAGUUGUAUCUGGAGAGACAGUUGACCUAUAGUUGGCCAAGAGUUUGACUAGGAGAGACAGUUGACCUAUAGUUGGCCAAGAGUUUGACUAGGAGAGACAGUUGACCUAUAGUUGGCCAAGAGUUUGACUAGGAGAGACAGUUGACCUAUAAUUGGCCAAGAGUUUGACUAGGGUGAGACAGAUGACCUAUAUUUGGCCAAGAGUUUGACUAGGAGAGACAGUUGACCUAUAGUUGGCCAAGAGUUUGACUAGGAGAGACAGUUGACCUAUAGUUGGCCAAGAGUUUGACUAGUAGAGACAGUUGACCUAUAGUUGGCCAAGAGUUUGACUAGGAGGGCCAUCGAUGGCCAACAUGUCCCAUCUAUUAGCCAGCUGUCUUUUGAUGUUAACUUACAUGAAGAUGGUAGCAUGUCAAGUUCCUAUCAUCACGCCCUUCACACGACCCUACAACAUUCACGAAGACACAAUCAUAGAGACAUCUAUUGUAGAGGUCAAGUGUACUAAUCCUGGUGACGCCUGUCUGUGUAACGUUAAGGAAAUUAACCCAGUCAACGGUCCCUUCACUGUAUGGAAGAAAACUUCGACGUCAGCCUUCUACUGCUACUACACCGGCCAGGCCCAGGGAGGAAAACUGUCAUUUAAAACAAACCCCACCUACUUCAUCACCAUCGAGUGUCGUAACGAGCUGGACACCAACUCCUCCACCACCCUCCUAGAGAUCGACGUCCAGCAGAACCAAGCUCCGGUCAUUUCAAACUCGAACUAUCCCAGAGAAACCUUGACAUUGGACGUGGGCAGACCUUACGUCCCAGGUGACGUCAUCUACACAGUCUCAGCUACAGAUGCUGAAAAUGACCCCUUGACCUAUUCGAUCUCCACAUCACCUUCAGUGGAUUAUUUUACUAUAGGAUCCCGGGAUGGCAUCAUGGCUAUUAACACCGACCUGAGGGCCGCCACGGAGAAGUACAUCGUGAUCACGGUCACAGUCAAGGACAAGGUCAACACGGUCAACGACUUUGAGAUAUUUGUCACACUGACCAACAUGAACUCUCGACCUUUGAUCACCAACCUGCCUGCAACCAUGACGGUGCUAGAGACGGCUGCUAGUGGCUACAACAUUAUGACCUUGACCUUCAGUGACAGUGACAUAUACGUGCCGCAGCUCGUCCCCACAUGCACGGUUGUCCCCAAUGGUGAUCAGUACAAGUUCACGUACGAAUCUGGAACCCAAAAGUUGAGGUUGUCAACCUUAGCUAACGCUGCCAACCCACUGGACUACGAGACAACCAGUCAGUACAAAAUAACAUGCGUCCUUAGUGACGGAUUCUUGGACUCUCAGAAUGAUGUACUCACGUUGAACGUUCAGAACGUCAACGAAGCGCCCACAUUUGAUGAGAUCGCCUACUACUGUGAUCUUUAUGAGAGCAAUGCUGGAGUUUCUUUGUGUGACCUUGAUGCUGUCAUUGUUGACCCUGAGGGUGACACAAUCACCUCUAUAGGAUUUGUUAGCGGAAACAACAGCAACAGAUUCAGGUAUGACCGUUCCACCACCACCAUCACAUUUAACGUGGACUAUGACGUGGACCAGAACGCCAUGCCCACAAGUGUGGUGCUACAACUGCAGGCUGUGGACGUGUACGGCGCCAGCAAGACGGUGCCAGUCUACAUCAACAUCAUGGACUCUAACGACAACACCUGCUCGUUUGGUGCUACGUCUAGCGUGACCUUCAAAGCUGACCAGUCCACCCAGCUGGGGAGUCUUGGGAGUUUUGCUGCCACAGACAACGACCGGACCUCGCCCAACAACCUGCUCUCCUAUGAGGUUAUCCAGGCCAUCCCAUCAGACUCGCUCAACUAUAUCUCUGCUUACAGUGACGGCUCUUUGGCUUACAUUGGUUUAAUACCUGAGUCCAACACUGGGAAAAGCUAUAGCCUCGUUGUGAGGUGCAAAGAUGGCGGCUCCCCACAGAGGACGUCACAAGGAACCAUCGUGUUGACCUACCAGAUAACAACCACAACCAGCACAACUACGACCACAACAACCUCCACAACCAGCACCAGCACCACAACAUCAACCACUACUGCAAGCAGCAACAUUUUCAACAACGAUGCUUUUGUGGCCGUGUUUGCCAUCCUUAUGUCACUCCUGGUGCUCGGACUUCUCGUGGGCUUGUACUUCCUGCUGCGGAUGUGUGGUCUUUGUGGCGCCCCCUCGCUCGGGGCGGCGGGAGGCGCCCCUAGUGGAAAUCUUUGUGGUCAAAAUGGGUGCAACGACUUCUGCUGUCCAAAACAAGAGGUCCAGCCAGUUGAUGACUACUUCAACACUGCCGUGCGCACAAACAACGAUUACAGGGACCCAUACUGGAAGACAAGUGAUCACUACGAAACCGGAACCGGUUACAACUCAGCCGGUGACCCUUACGCCAAGAAUGCAUUAGAGGGCGGGUUCAAGCGAUUAGCACUACCAGCGCCCCCGCCCCAAGGACACCAGUUCUAGAUGAGCCCCACCCUUAUCGCAUCGCAUUACCAACAGAUCACCAACAUCACUACCACACCAACACACACCAACAGCUUCACACACCAAUACAUCAACACGACGGAAAUCGUCUGCCAAUUGGUUGAAUCACCAGCAACAUUGAUUGAGUCACCAGAACAUUGAUUGAGUCACCAGAACAUUGAUUGAGUCACCAACAACAUUGAUUGAAUCACCAGCAGCAUUGAUUGAGUCACCAAAAACAUUGAUUGAGUCACCAAAAACAUUGAUUGAGUCACCAAAAACAUUGAUUGAGUCACCAACAACAUUGAUUGAGUCACCAGAACAUUGAUUGAGUCACCAGCAACAUUGAUUGAGUCACCAAGAACAUUGAUUGAGUCACCAAGAACAUUGAUUGAGUCACCAAAAACAUUGAUUGAGUCACCAGAACAUUGAUUGAGUCACCAACAACAUUGUUUUAGUCACCAACAACAUUGAUUGAGUAACCAGCAGCAUUGUUUUAGUCACCAACAACAUCAACAUUAGAUUUUAUAUAUAUGAGCCAGUAACCUUUAAAGUUUCUAUUUUUUAACAAGCUUUUAUUUAGUUCGCAAUGUCUGUUUGUUUGUUUAUUUGUUUGUGGGUUUGUGGCAAAUCUUGUAACUCAAUUUCAACACACUUUCAAUGCAGCGAUUUCGUUCGAACUUUCCGGAUACAUUCCACUUCGAUGACAAUACAGGUCUAUUUAUUUUUUAAUAUAAUUAUACUAGCUGAAUACACGUGCUCCAACACGGUAAAUCUUUUUUUAAAUUUACCAACUUAAGAACAGAACAACACUAAACACAAACACAAAACAAAAACACAAAGUCAAACACUACACAAACACAAACACAACGCAAACACAAACACAAACUCAAACACAACACGAACACAACACUCAUAACAUAAACACAACUUCACUGCAAAAAUAAACGCAUAGUGCUCAGAGUCUAGCCCGUGGCGCCAAAUCGCACCCCGUCCGAGCGCCGGCGGAAACGCCUGAUUCAAUUUAGUGAACGACUAUAAAUCCCCC